AUGAAUUACUACUAAUCUCAAUAAGACCUGGAUAUACAAAUUUACUUGAGUCAAUUCGGACUAGAUCAACUUCUUAAGGAAGGAUUAGCAAGUCUAGCAAAAAAUAAACCCUAAAAUCCUGUGAUAUACCUUGCUGAAUUUUUACAAAGCAGAGCAAAUAUUAUUGAUGGCAAAAAAAUUGAAUAACCAUUCAGAUAGAAAAACAAAUUAGGAACUAAUGAAAAGAAACAAGGAGCAGAAAAAAUUUCAAACUUUUAGAAAAAUAUGAAAGUUUAAAAAUCAUAAAUUAAUAACUAUAUUAAUGAGGUUAAGACUGUCGAUAGAGAUAUGAUUAAUUAAAUAGAAUAAGAAUUCUAAUAGAUUUCAUCUAGAGAUCAUGAGGUCGAAGCUCCGCAUAUAGAGUAAUUGGACAUCACAGAGUCUAAGAAAAUUUUUUAAGAUGAAUCAAUUUAAAAACAGCAAAUUUAAUAGGAGAGAGUGAAUUAAAACCCAAAUGAGUUCUUAUCAGCAGCAUAGAGGUUUAAUAUUCCAUCCAGAUCAAGUGUUUCAAGUAGAUUUUAAUAUAUGGAUGAUUUCAAUGAAGAAGAUGAAGUUACAUAAAAAACAAAUUUUCGUAGGGAAAAAUUUUAAACAGGAAACGGCUCUAGAUCUAUAAUUGACUUAAUUGAAGAAGAUGAGAUGAACUAAUAAAUUGCUUAGGAAGAUUUGAAUGAUGAUCUAGCUGAGCAGGAAAAUGAAAGGUACAUUCCCGGUUAAUUCGAUGAUGAAUUUACAGAGCUGACUUAAAAAUCUGCACGUGUUAGCACCUUUAAUAAUCGUUAGAUGAAAAGCAAGAAUAAAAUGAGGAGGGAUGUGCCAUUAAUGGAUAUUAUCAAUGAAAAUGAUGAAGAAGUAUAGGAUGAGGAGUAUAACUCUGAGAAUGAUAGUUAUCACAGGAGUGUGCCUUAAAGCGCUUCAGGUGAUGAAAAUAGAGAAGAAAAAUAGAAAAACAGAAAAUAGGAAAUAUAUGAUGGCUUUUAAGCUAUGAGAUUCAGAGCACCACGAGGAGAUGAUAUUGAUGAUGAUAUUAGCAAUGACUACGGAGCAGGUAGUCAGAUUGAUGAAAAAGAUGCAGUAAGUGGCUAUAAGGAGGGAAGCAUAUAUGAGGAAAAAUAGAAUGAAGAAUAAAAAGAAAAAGCUGAUUAUGACGAAGUAUAAGCAGAAUUAGCAAAAGCUAAAUAUUUAUUCCUACUCGAAAAGAAUAAACUAAAGCCGAAACUUAAUAUCAAUGCUAAGUUGGAAUUUGAUUCAGCAAAUUGGUCUUUUGGUAAUGACAAUAGUAACUAGAGUAAUAAACCAAACAUCAUAAGAGGUGGUGGCACAGAUUUAGAAAGUAAAAAUCAAGUUAAUGACCCUUUUUCAGACAUAGGGGUUCCUUUUGCUUCAGCAUUAGGAAGUCCAUUCUUAGAUGAUAUAAGCUAGAAUAUGCUUCAUAAUUAGCAAAAUGCAGUUCUAAAUAAUCAUAGCAUUUAACAGAAUGACAUAUUGGGAGAAAUGGAGCCUUUUAAGGAUUUCAUAGUUCCAAUGAGCUCAGAACCUGAAGAUCUUUUUGAUUUAUUGGGUUGUGAUAUCAAUGCUAAUGUUAAAAUUAACUCACCAAAUCAAACCAGAAAGCAAUAAAAAACAAUCAUAAGAGCUGAAUCUGAUGAUGACUUUGGUGAAACGCAAAAACCAGUUGGGGCUGUAUUACUAGAGAGGGAUCCUAGCGGUUAAGAAUAUAAGACCUCAUCAACUAGGAUGACUACUUCAUCAGCACCAUCUGAGUAGGAUAUAAACAGUAUUUUAAAUCAUAAUAGAGCAAAUCUAAUCAUCAACUAAAAUAUCAAUAUGAAUACUACUACAAGAGAUAAUGAAAAGAGAGGCAUUAGGAUAGCAGAACUGGCUGGUAUAACUGAAGUUCUAAGCAUAAAGAGAAGAGAUCAGGCUUAUCUUAUCAAAGAUAAAGGGCAGAUAAUUCUGGCUGAAUUCGUUUAGAAAUAUAAAGAUUUGUACGCUGAUAAUAAGGAAUUACUACUUUAGAGAGCUGUCAAUUAGCAGAAUGUUAAAUUAAUGUAAAAUGAUAAUGAAAGCUCAAAUGUUCAUAUUUUGACUGAUAAGACUUUGAUGAAAUUUUUACAAACUCAUUCAAAAAAAUAUUCAAAUGUAAUUGAGGUGCGUGAACUUGCUAAAGGCGGUGAGGCUAUUGUUUAUAGAUUAGAGCAUUAGAAUCUAGAUGAGGUUAUAGCUAAGUGCACUCUUAUCAAUGAUAAUUAGGAAGAUAGUGAAAUUUAUGAGGCAUUUAUGGAGAUUUUAGCUGAAUCAUAGUAACUUAAGAUAUUGGCAAACAACAACUACAUAGCUUAGGUCUAGGAAGAAAUUAUCAUAAUGAACUAACAAGAAUAAGUCAUUACUUAGUAUGUAGCAAUUGUUGAAAGAGCACAGCAUACCUUGUAAGAUCUACUUCAAAUAUGGAACAAUAAGGAUUAGAGUGAAAGUCUGGCUGAGUUCUACUCUCCUGAGAAGCUAACUUAUUAUUUUUACCAAACCAUGUGCAUUGUUUAAUUCCUGAACUAGAGAAAGUUCUACUACGGAGAUAUGAAGCCUCAGAAUCUACUUGUGUUCAGAGACUAGAGACUAAAAGUGGGGGAUUUAGGUAUCUCAAUUAAGGCAGAACCUGGGAAGUCAGAUGAUGCCAAAUUAUAUAGACUUAAAGGAGUUACAACAGCUUAUGCUAAGCAGAAUAUUCUUCAAGCAUUCAGAGCUGGAACGAAAUUAUCGUUUAAAGAACUUCUAGAUGCUGAUAAAUUUAGUGUAUUGAGAACUUUUGAAAAGUGUAUAUAAUCAGUGUCAAAAUUGCAUGAUGAAAUCUUUCCAGGUGCCAAGAAAUACUAUUAAAACAUGUUCUAAGAUCUAGUAGACAAGAGUCUUCAAGAAACAAUAUAAAAGUGGACUACAUAUUUUGCUGUUGACACCUAAUUUUCAAUCGAUCUAGGUUAUAUAAUGAAGCAAGAGGGUAAAAGUAUAGCGCUUCCAAAUAUUUACCGUUUGACGAAAUUUAAGGAUGCCCUUGAAAAUUAUCUAUUUAAGAUUUACAAAAGAUUUAGAGUUGAUUAUAAUGAUAGGACAGAUGAAUUCAACAAGGAUAAUAUAGGCUGUGCUAUGGCACUAGAAUUUAAUCCUGAAAUUGAUGCUUUUGCAGUUGAGUUACCUUAAAAUACCUAUAUGAAAGCUCCAAGACUAGUUGAGCAGAAUUUGUCUGCAGAAACCAAGGCAUUGAAGGAUAGUCAAGAAUGGAAACAUAUAUGUCUUGAAAUAAUGGAAUCUUGGUAUGAUAGUGUGGAUUAGUCUGGCAAUAAUAUAUUUUCAGAUGACAGAUUUGCUCAUAUGCUAAAAAAAUAUUUCUUUAUGACAGACUAAGAAUAAGGUUUUACAUGCUAGGGCUAGAUAGAAGUGCUUUCAAUAGGAUAAGCCCAGAAAAAUUUCGAGUCAUAAUUUACUGACUUUCAAUUCUAUAUGAGAUGGUGUAUGCUCACAGUAUUAUAGGGUACAAAGUGGGAAAAUAAUUAAGAAUAAAUUCAGAAAAUUUGGUAAGAUAACUAGUAUCUAAAAGACUCAAGAGAGCUAAACAGCAAGUUGAAAAAUUAUUUCAAAGUUUGUGCUACAGCUGCCUAGAUCUGGAAAUACAGGAACAAUGAAUGUGAUCUUUAGUCUCAUCUUAAGUUUCUACUUGAAACACUAGAAGCUGGAUUCUUAGCUCUUCCCAUGCUAAUUGACUAAGUAAUGCAAGAAGCAAUAAAUCUGGCUUAAUAGAUUAGACUUCCCAUUAAAAAUGAAAUUUUAGAUGAAUUAGAUGAAUUACUAGGCACUAGAGAUUCUUAUGACUUCUCAUUAUCGAGUUAGCAAUAAGCUUAUAAAUCCUUUGUAAAAAGCAAGCAAUUAGAAUAGAAUAAAUAAUUGGAAGAAAGUAUGAAAGUGCAUCAAGAAAUUAUUAGUAAAUAUAUCAACAUAUUUGGCCAAGGCCAUUCACUGAUUUUGCAAGUAUAUGGAGAUAUGGGGAAAUUGAUGCUCCAAAUAUAGGAUAAAAACACAGCAUAAGCUUGGCAGUUCCUCAACAAAUAUUCAAAGUUAUCAAGCGAUGCAUUAAUUGAGUACAUUGAUCUUAAACAGAAAAAUAAUGGCUCAUAAGAAGAUUUAUAAGAAGCUAUUUCGAGGUGGCAGUUUGAAAACUCUGUGCUGAGCCGAUAAGAUUGGAAUCAUAUACUAUAGUAUAUAUACCUAAGAGACGAUUCUGACAAUACUUAACGCAAAUAGUUGAUCUUUAGACUAUCUGACCUCUUCUCCCACACUACCACCACAUCCUCAGAAUUUGAACUUAAAAAGGUGUUCUCUGACAACAAAAUGCUUGCAUUAUUCUUUAAGUAUCUCAAUCCUUAGUAGCCUGCUUUCUAUGAGGAAAAUAUUAAGGUGAUAUCUAAGGACUAGAUCUUUAAAGAGCUCAAGAAGCAGAUUAAUGCUCAUUUGAUUGUGGAGUUGAGAAAAGGUUAGCAGAAAAUUGAUAAAGUUACAAGACCUUAGAUGGAAACUGAGUAAUAAUAAUCUAUAUUUGAGCAAAUUUAAUAAAUGGAUGAUGCAGAUAUUUAGGAUAUGAUGUUCGAUGAUAUGAUUUAAACUGAAAAGUAUACCCCUGUUUGGAAAGCUAAGGGUUUGCUAUGA